AUGAAGCUCCUCAGCAGCAUCCUGACCCUCGGCCUCGCGCUUCUAGGCCUCGUCUCGGCCCAGGGCUUCGUCGGCAACUGCACCUGGCGCUCGGCCAACCUGACCGACCACUUCCUGGGCAUGUACUGCAACGACAACGACUGGGUACACUUUGGCUACAAGUGGACCUGGCACGAUCUGAACAACUGCGUCGUCAACAACGGUGGCCAGCUGGCCCUCUACGACUCGGUCGCCAACAAAUUCCCGGGCUACUCGACGUCGUGCCGCGACUGCACCUUCAAGGGCAUGCACGACAGCUUCAACUUCCACUGCAACUGCUUCGACACCAAGAACAACCUGGUGACCUCCAACGUCGACCUAAACCAGGCCCUCUGGAACCACGACGGCCGCCUUGGUUGUUUCAGCACGCAGGGCAACCAGAGCGAAUGCGGACCUAUGUGCGACCCUGGCUGGAAGCCGCCUUCCGCCCGCGCUUAA